AUGGACGAUGCGCAUCAUCAGCUGUUCUCCCCUGCACAGCUCAUUGCGCGAGCUUGUGCAUCGUUGGAAUUUGGAUCUUCCCUUCUGACCCAAGCCGCGACCGACUUGUCUUCUGCAACAGCUUUGUUGAACCAUAGCAUCACACCUCGUCCGCAGCAAAGCAAGCGAAGGUCGCUCAGGAUAGCCGAUCCUAAAUCUCAAACGCAAAGACAAACCAAGAAACCGACGGUGUCUCCAUACUUCCCAGAGCCGGAGAAGAAGCCUAAAAAGAAGCCAGUCCCUGGGCCCACAAUAUCUCCCUUCUUUCCCGAGCCCUUUUCGCGUGAACGCCCACCGCCUGGUUUGAGCUUUGAGCUACAAACACCCGAGUUUGGUCUCAUUCAAGAGCGUAUCUGCGAGAGCUUGUUUGCGCUCGUCGUCCAAGCCAUCUUGUGGAACAAAACUAAGGGCACCGCCGCCCGACCUAUUCUAUGGAAAUUAUUAUGCACGUACCCCACGCCAGAAGCGCUCGCGUCUGCGGAUCCACUUGCAGUGCAAGAAAUCAUCCGUGUACUAGGUCUACAAGAGCGAAGAGCACAAUGUCUAGUCAAGCUGGCCAAUGUUUGGGUAGCCGCUCCACCAUGCCCUACGCGACGUUAUGGGCGUCGCGAUUAUCCUAAGAAAGGAGAUGGCAGAAACGUGAAAGAUCGUGAGCUGCUAGCUCCCGAUGACGAGCGAGAAGGCUGGGAGAUUGGGCAUCUCCCGGGUGUGGGUGAGUAUGCGCUAGAUUCGUAUCGAAUCUUUGGACGCGACCGUUUGCGCAGGCUUCAGGAUGCUGAGGGAGUCGAACCUGAGUGGAAACGAGUCGUUCCUAGUGACAAAGAACUUGCUCCGUACGUCAAGUUCAAGUGGUCACAAGAAGGGUGGGAGUAUGAUAUUUUGACCGGAAUCAAAAGGAAGUUACUGUAG